CAGGUAAAUCGAAUCUUACUUUUACCUCAGACUUUCCAAAAAAACAAAAUGGAGCAGCUCUGCGAACAAAUAGUUUGGGCUCUGGGGCCAGAACACCUCCGAUUGAAAGGAAAAGUAAAUUUUCCGCACUCGGAAGAUUAUUUAAACCAUGGAAAUGGAAACGAAAAAAGAAAUCGGAUAAAUUUGAGGCUGCGUCAAGAACUCUCGAGAGAAAAAUUUCGUUUCGCGCAAAAAGAGAGGAAUUGGUGCAAAAAGGAAUCCUGUUACCCGAGAGUCCAAUCACACCAAUUCCAGAAAAUGGUCCCAUGGGUGAGACGAGAAUUAGCCAGAAACCACCGACUCCUCAACAGCAACAACAUCAACCGGGCAACGGUACCGGUAAUGGUGGUACCACUUUGAUAACGGGGAUGACUGCUGGUCAGCAAUCCCAGAAACCACCAUCAUCGACGACGUCGACCCCGACGACUGCCAAUUCAAUAUCGGGGACGCCCAACAAUCAAAAUUCACCACAUCUCUCGUCUCUUUAUCAAGGAAUGCCGCAGGCUGCCCAACAUAAUGGAAACGCACAAGAGUCGAAGAAGGAAAAGACUGAACAGAAUGCAAAUGGCGGUAUAUCGUCGAACGAUCCGUCAGCAAAUCAAGGCGGUGCGAUACCAGGUUCGGGUCCUGGUUCGUGUCCAACAAUUCAAGUGGACCAGCAAAAGCCAAAUAGGCCCAAUACACUUGAUCCAAGAACCAGGCUGACGAAUCGAAGAAUCAUCAUGCUCGGUGGUGAGCAAGAGGGAUGGAAUAAUUCCAUUUCACAGCGUUCUAUUUCCAAGUCUUAUCAGAUAAAUGAAGACUCGUCGACACGAGAUCCUACAAUUUCCCCAGUUGAGAGAGGUGGUCUUCAUCCCAACGAUGAACAGCAAAUUAUUGAAAGAUGCUUCCCUCUACCAUCCCCGGGCAAUUUGAUGCUGUCGGAACUUCCGGAGCCGCCGAUUCCUCUCAGCGAAAUUGGACCUAUUCCCCCGCCUCCAAUGUUUAGUUCUCCAAGUCCCACGUCUCUUUCCAGACAGCAGCAACAGCAGCAGCAACAGUCGAUGCCCCUUUCUGACUGCGAGGACGAUGAUGAGGACGCUGACGUUGAGGAUGAGGACGACAGUAUGUACGGUUUUCGAAAUGUUUAUCCUGAUCCUGUAUUCGACACUUCACGAGUCGAGGAAAUUCCCGCGAAGGAGCCCAAAUUUCAUGCCAUGCCCCUGAAAAGUGCUCUAAAAAAGAAAGGACCCGGUAGUGGACCUGGAACCCCUCAAAAUACUCCAACGCAGGAAAAUAGGCCGCUCACACUUCGUCAAGAACUCCAUGCAUCAUUCAAAAGACAGCCUCUUAGGCCUAGGAUGAGGAUAUGCAGUCGACCAGUCAGAUUUGGAUUGGCUCUUCCUUGUACAAUGGAGAAUAAAGAGAAUGCAAGGCCGUAUGUAAUACGAGAAGAUUCGGACGAUGAAUCCGGAGAUGGACAGGUUCUUUACAGAGAGGAUUAUGACGAUGAAAAUAGUAGCCUGGCAACGAAAAUUGCUCGUAAGGAGUCGCUCUCGUUGAAGCUUGCCCUAAGGCCUGAUCGUCAGGAACUCAUCAACAGAAAUAUCCUUCAGAUACAAUCUGACAAUGAGAGGCAAGAGACGAAGGAAGCCAUUGGUGCCAAGCUCAUCAGGCGACUGAGCAUGCGACCAACUCAAGAGGAACUGGAAGAAAGGAAUAUUUUAAAAAAGCAAAGUCCGGCGGAAGAAAAGAAACAAAAGGAGGAGAAAAAACGAUAUUUGUUGAGAAAAUUGAGCUUCCGACCGACGGUGGAAGAACUCAAAGAAAAGAAGAUCAUCAGGUUCAAUGAUUACAUCGAAGUGACGCAGGCACAAGAUUAUGAUCGAAAAGGUGAUAAGCCGUGGACUCGUUUAACUGCAAAGGACAAAGCAGCUAUUAGAAAGGAAUUGAACGAGUUUAAAAGUGCAGAAAUGGCGGUUCAUGAAGACAGUCGACAUUUGACAAGGUUCCAUAGGCCAUGACAAUUGAAUUGUGUAGAGGUGCUAGAAUGUGGUGCGGUUUUAGGUGCUGGUGCAGUGCAUUGGUCUCGAUCUUGUCGAGAUUUAGUGAAACGAAAUCGCUGCUUUUCAAAUCAUCCACAAUGUUAUGUGACAGUGAUGAUCUUCUGAUUACGCUGUGACGCGCACUAUUGACGUUAAUAUUAUUAUUAUUAUUAUUAUUAUUAUUAUUAUAAUUCUUACUAAAAAAAAAACGCCAAUGGAAAGCGUGUCAGUAGCUUCUCGAUUGUGAUAGGGUGGUGUUGAUUUUUUUUUUUUUUUAAAAAAAAAAGGCCACGAAAAGAAAAUCCUGGCUUACUCACCACUCGGCGAUAUAUUUUUUUUAAGGGUCGUUCACAUUUUGCAUUCUCUAUUUUUUAUAUUCCAGUUUUAAUUUUUUUUUAAACAGCUCUUUCUCUCGUAUUGUUGAGAAACUUUUUCUUUUUUUAUUCUACUUUUUGGAAAAAAAUAUUUCUGGAAUGAAAAAUGAAAGAUUAAUUUCAAUUAUUUGAAUAAUUUAUCAUUGGCUUUUUAAAUUGUUUUUAAAAGAGAAUUGAAAAAAUUAAUUUGCUGUUAAUAUAAUUUAUUAUUAAAAUUUUUUUUAUUAAUAUUAAUUAUAUUAACAGUAAAAAAUAAUUUAUUAUUAUUCAAAUUAAUUGAAUUGAUAAGGAAAUAAAAAAGUCGUUAAUAAAUUUUACGAUAUUGAAUUUUUGCAGGUUAAAAAAAAAAAAAGAGUUUGCAAUGAAAAAUAUGGAGAAAUUUCGAGAGUAUAAGAGCAUGUUACAAAGAUUUUUUAAUGUCAAUCUUUGUAAUUCUUUUUUUUUUUUUGUCCUAUCGACGACGAAUCUUUGUAAACAUUAUAAAUAUAAAAUAUAAAUAUAAAUAUAUAAAUAUAUAUUUAUAUUAAUUAGAGAGCAAAAACUGGAUUGUGAACGCACCCUUACGCGUAAACACCGUUUUGCCUCCAUUGUAGCUUACCGACCUUUUUUUAAAUGAUUUUUUUCUUUUUCUUUUUUUACUUUUUCCACCUCCGAUGAAAAUAAAGGAAACAACAAAGAAAUUAAACAUCGUGUUAAAAAAAAUUUCUUUUUCAAUUAAUAUUUGGAAAAUUUAAUUUAAUUAUCGAACAAAAAAAACAUAUUUUCAAAUUUUAUUUUUUUUUAACAUUUUGGAAAAUUUAGUUUAAUUAGUAAAAAAAAAAAAAUACAAAUAAUUUAAUUUUUUACAUAUUUUCACAAUUGAAUUCGAAAAUUUUGAUUUAAUCAAUAAACACAAAACAUAAUUUAACAAUUUAGAAAAUUUUCAAAUUCAAUUUUUCUUGACAUUUGAAAAAUUUUAUUUAAUUAGUUAAAAAAAAAAGUUAAUGUAACGUUUUAAAAAAAUUUUCAGUUUAAUUUUUCGAGGCGAAAUAUCGCAUAAAAAAAUUAAUUAAUUAGAAUUUUUAUUUUAAAGAAUUUUAUUAGAAAUAAAUUACUUUUUUUUAAAAAUGAAUUUUCAAUUUUCCAAUUAAAAUUUCACAAAAUUUUCUUUUUCUUUAUACGAAUUUUUACAUAACAAAAUUUUUACCUAUCGAAUUUUGCUUUGGUAGAAUUUUUAUUUUACAAUAAAAAUUCGGUAGCUUAAAAUUUUCUUAUGUAAAAAAUUCGUAUAAAAAAAGAAAUUUUUGUGAAAUGCUAAUUUGAAAAAUUUAAAAAAAAUAAAAUAAAAUAAAUAAAAAUGAAAAUUUGUUGAUCAAAUUUUAUUGAAAGAAAUAAUAUAAAAAUGUCAACGAAGAAUAUUUUAUCAAAAAUGUGUAAAAACAAAAAAAAAAAUUACAUUUUAUUGAAAAAAUAUGAAAAUGCGUUUUUUUAUCAAAAAAAAAAAAAAAAAAAAAAAAAAUGAUAUAGAAAAUAUGUGCUUAAAAAAAAGAAAGAGCACUUUUUUAAAAAAUAAAAAUUUGUAAAUAUAUUUUUUUAAUGAAAAAAAAAAAGAAACAAAAAUUCUUGGAACAAAAAAUUAGGCAAAUAAAGAAAAACAAGGAAAAUAAUUUAGUAGUAAAAUGAAAAUUUGUUUUAAUUUAAAUUUUAGAAUUGAAGAAAAAUAUUUUUUAAUUUUUAAAUACCUAUUUUUUUUAACAAAAAAAAAAAAAAAAAAUUGGGUCGGCGAGCUACUUUGAAAAGCCGUAGCAUUAUUGUACAUGUAUAAUAUAUAUAAUUAUUAUAAGAACAAAAAAUGCGUUUCGUAAAUGUUUUUUCAAAAUAAUUCCGAAUGCAAAACAUAUACAUAUAAUUAAUUAAUUAAUUAAUUGUUAGUUAAUAACUAUUAAUUAAUUAUUUGUUAAUAAUUAUAAAUUAAUUAUUAGUUAAUAAUUAAUUAAUUAAUACAAUUCAAAUGAUUCUGAGCUUGAUAAAAAAAGGAUAACGAUUUUCGCAAAUUAAUUCUCAAUUUGCAGAUUAAAAUAAAAAAACUAAAUUUUAAUCUCUCUCUUUAAAAAAAAAAAAAAAAAAAAAACGCCAAGUUCUCAUCUCACAUGAAACUAAGUAACAACAAAAAAUAAAUCUUAUUACAAGAUUGUUUGGAAAAAUAUUUAAAAAAAAAAAUAAAAUAAAAUUAGAAACGCUGAAUCGAAUCCAAGUAUACGUGUUAGAAACAAAAAAAAAUCAAUUAACAACGAUAUAAUUAACAGAUAAGAAACAAUACUUCUUUUCGCAAUAAUCGUUAACGAGCGUUGAACAAAAAAAAAGAAAGACAAAUAUACAACAAUUGUUCUGUAUAUAUUUAUAAAUAUUAAUAAAAUUUUUUUUGCGACUUGUAUUGCUGAAAAUUGCUAAAACAAUAUUCGCAAAAAAAGAAAUCCGAAUGAAAAAACGAUUUUCAAAAAAAAAAAAAAAAAAAAAAAAUGAAAAUACUAUGGAAGAAAUGCUAAUUUCUAGCUACGCCACAUUAAAGUGAAUAAUACAUGUAUAAAUAUAUAUUAUAAAUUAUAAUUGUAUUAUUAUAAUUUAAAAAUUGUAAAUUAUAUUUAUAAUUUUUAUAAUUACAAAUUUAUAAUAUAUAUAAAUAUACGGAUAUAAAUUAUAAAUUUAUAAUGUAUAAAUAUAUAAAUUAUAAAUAUUAUACAUACAUACACACACACACACACACACACACACACACACACUUGACUAUAUUACACGUAAAAUAUAUAUAACAAUAAUUAUAUGUUAUUAUAUCGUGGCAGUAUGUGCAUUUUUCAAGCACAGGAAACAAAUAAAAAAAAAAAGUUGGUAUUUUGUGUACAAAUAUAUUGUUCAAAAAUGAAAAAAAAAAAAAAGAUAAAGAAAAUUGUGCGACUCUGCGCCAAAGUCUCGGAAAUCAAAAAUUUAUUGUACUUCGUUUAACUUUUUUAAUACUUCAAAAAAAAAAUUUAUUUCUAAUAUUUUUUUUUUUUUUUUUUUUUUUUUUAGAAAAAAGUAAAUAAUUUUUUCACAUUUCUUGGAAAAUUGACCAAUUGGUAAAAUUGGUAAAAUUUGUAAAAUUGGACCAUUUUGGUAAAAUUUCCGAAAACUUUGGAAAUGUGAUCAAAAGUUUGCAAAAUUUUUAGAAAAAUUGACAAAUAUUUAUGUAAAUUGUCCGAAAUUUUUUGGAAAAUUGUCCAAAAUAUACGAAAAUUGUCUAAAAUUUUAAAAAGUUGUCCAGAAUUGCUACUUUGUUUGCAAAAUUUUGAAAAGUUUACCAAUAUUUUUGAAAAUUGUCCAAUUUUUGAUGAACUAUUCAAAUAUUUGAAAAGUUGUCCACAAUUUUUUAGAAACUUGUCCAAUAUUUUCGACUUUGUUUCUAAAAUUUGGAAAUUGUCCAAUAUAUAUUGUCAAACUGUCAAAAUAUUUUGGAAAAUUGUCCAAAAGUUUCAAAAAGUGGUCCAAUAUUUUGGAAAAUUGUCCAAAUUUUAAUGAACUGUUCAAAUAUUUGGAAAGUUGUCCACAAUUUUUUAGAAGCUUGUCUAAUAUUUUCGACUUUGUUUCUAAACUUUUGGAAAUUGUCCAAUAUAUAAUGUUAAACUGUCAAAAUAUUUUGGAAAAUUGUCCAAAAGUUCACAAAAAGUUGUCCAAUUUUGCGAUUUUGUUUCAAAAUUUUAAGAAAAUUAACCAAUUAUUUUUUGUCCCAAAUUUUGGGAUAGUAGUAAAAAUUUUGAUAUUGUGUAAAUUUGUCCAAAAUUUUGGAAAGUUGUCCAAUAUUUUUGAAAAUUGUCCAAUUUUUGAUGAACUAUUCAAAUAUUUGAAAAGUUGUCUACAAUUUUUUAGAAACUUGUCCAAUAUUUUCGACUUUGAUUCUAAAAUUUUGGAAAUUGUCCAAUAUAUAAUGUCAAACUGUCAAAAUAUUUUGGAAAAUUGUCCAAUAGUUCACAAAAAGUUGUCCAAUUUUGCGAUUUUGUUUCAAAAUUUUAAGAAAAUUAACCAAUUAUUUUUUGUCCCAAAUUUUGGGAUAGUAGUAAAAAAAUUUUUGAAAAUUGUCCAAAAGGUUGCAAAUAUUUACAAAAAUAUUUUUUUUUUGAAUAAUUAAAGAAAUAUUUUGAUAAAUUGUCAAAAAAAAAUUUUGAAAAAAAAAAUGACGAAAAAGCUUGAAAAGUUUUCGAAAAUUUUCGAAAAUUGUCCAAUAUUUUGGUAAACUUCACUAUUAUUUUGAAUAAUUGUCCAAUAGCUGAGAAAUUUGUGAAAAAAUUUCAGAAAUUUGUCCAAAAAUUGAGACGUUUUAUUUUCCAAUUUUUGAAAAAUUUUCCAAAAUAUUUAAAAAGUUGUCCAAAAUUUUUUUUUUUGAUAAUUUGUCCAAAAAGUUUGCAAACUUUUAGAAAAAUUGAUCAAUAAUUUGAUAAUUUGUCCAAAAGUUUGAGAAGUUGUCCAAUAUUUUGAAAAAUUGUCUAAAUUUUGAAAAAAAAAAGAUUGUCCCAUAUUGUGUAAACUUGUCCAAAAUUUUGGAAAGUUUUUCAAUAUUCUGAAAAAUUAUUCAGUAUUUUGAAUAGUUUGUCCAAUAUUUUGGAAAAUUGUCUAAAUUUUGAAAAAAUUGACCAAUAUUGUGUAAAUUUGUCCAAAAUUUAAGGAAAGUUUUUCAAUAUUCUGAAAAAUUGUCCAGAAUUUUUAGAAAUUUGUCCAAUAUUUUAAUAAAUAUAUUUUCAAAAUUUUACAAACAUAACCAAUAUUUUCGGAAAAUUUUCCAAUAUUGUGAAAUUUAUCAUUUUCAAAAAAAAUUUCAAAUGAUUUUCCUAUUUUUGAAAAAAUAAAUUUUUUAAUAAUUUUUGAAAAUUUAUAUUUUUCUAUUAUCUCGAGCUAAAAAAAAAAAUAUUUCAUUGAAUUUCUUUUUAAUUACUUAAAUUUUUACCUCUUUUUUUAAAAAAAAAAUCCAUUUUAUUUCAAUUUUAUUAUAAUUUUAUUUCUAUUUUAUUUUCGUAAAUACAAGUGUUCUAUUUUUUCCUGGAAAAAGAAAAACAAAUUUACAUAUCUCGUAAAAUAACACUUUGUCCAUAAAAAAAUUUUUUUUAAAAUGAAAAUUCACUGUUUUUUUUUCAAAUAGUAAAAAAAAAAAAUAAAAUUUCUCUUUGUUAUUAACGGAAUUUUUUUUUUAAUAAGUACAAAAUUGACGAAUCUCAAUUGUUUUUUUUUUAAACUGCAAUUAAAAAUUUUCUUGAAGAAAUUUACACGCGUUAAAUGAAAUUUUCCAAAAGAUAACAAUUUUUAUUUCUUUUUGUCGAAUCUUCAUUAAAAAAAAAAAAAAAAAAAUUGAAUGGAAAAAUCAACUAAUUAAUUAAUUAACUAAAUUAUUAACUAAUUUCUGUUUUAUUUACGCUUUCCCAUAUGUCAUAGAAAAUGCAAUUUUCAAUAGUUUUUUUAAAUUCAUUUGCUUUCUUUUUAUUUUUUCCAUAUUUAUGCUCCUUCUAAAUUUCCAGAAUAUUUAACGAUUACAUUUAACAAAUCUUGAAUUUUUAAUUUCCUUUAAAUAUCCCCCCUCACAAUAUGCCAAGAAUCUUUAAUUUUAAUAUUUAACAGAAAUUCAAAUCCAAUAUUCAGCCAACCUCUGUGACUGACCUGAUUUUAUUAUUAUUCUAAAAAAAAAAACUUACAACAUUAAUUAAUUUAAUUAGUUGAUUUAAUAAAUUUAAUUAAGAUACAUUUUUGAAAAAAAAAUCAUGGCGUAGUGAGAUUACGAAAAAAUAAAAUAAAACUCAAAAAUCGUUUCAAAAAAAAAAAAAAACACGAUUUUUCAAAUGUAUCAUAAUAAUUCUAAAAAAAAAGUAGGCAGAUUAAAUAUUGUAGUAUUUAGAUAACAAAAAAAAAAUAAAUAAAUAACCAGUAACAAUGGACAAGUAGUUUAUAAUCUAAUGUGCAAAGUGUCGAUAUUUUAAAGCAAAAAAUAUGUACCAAGAUUUUACAAGUAGAAUUUUCCAACAAUAUCUAGUUUCCUAAAUUUUUCUUUCAUCCCCUCAAUUUGAAAAGAAUCUCUAGAAAGUAGAAAAAUUUAGAAACAGAAAAACUUUUCUACUCUUUUUUGAUUCAUUUUAAUGAUGGCAAAAAAGAAAAAUCAAUUAUUUACAAAUAGAUUUUAAUGGAAAAAUAAAAAUCCAAAUACGAUUCACUUUUUUCAAAAAAAAAAAAAAAAAGAAUCGCUUCUGCAUUUGUUCUUUGUUUUUUUUUUUAGAUUCUUUCAAAGUAGACAAAUAUCCAGCAAUCGACAAUCGGAAAAAAGUUAUAGAGAAUAAAAAAAAAAAUUAUAAUAAUUAUAAUUAUAGUAAUAAUAAUAAUAAUAAUAAUAAUAGAAAAAUAGUAUAAAAAAAAAAUCUGUAACAAAAACCUUUUGCUGGAACUUUGGAAAAUUCUUUGUUGUGAUAUUUCAAAAAGUUGAAUUAUUAUACAGCGUUCUUAUUAAAAAAAUAAAUAAAUAAAAAUAAAAAAUUUUUGAGAGAAAUUUUUGAUGAUUUCUCUAGGGAAAAGAAAAAUGAGUACAACUCGAAAUUUAAGAGUUGAUUAAUGAUGAUGAUGAUAAUGAUAAUGAUGAUAAUGAUAAUGACGAUUAUGAUAAAUGACGAUUAUUGAGAGUAAAAUGAAAAUUUUCCGAGUCUAGAUUUUUAAAUGAAAAAAAUUUAGACGUCCUUUUUACAAAGAAUUAAAAAAAAAAAAUAUGCUAUUUGAGAGAUAGAACAAAUCGCAAUAAAGACUUGAUUUUAUUUUCACGCUCUUUGAAAAUUUCAAUGUUGUGUGCUUGUAAAUAAGCGAUAUAUAAUAUGAAUUCGAAGAGCUUGAAAUUAAAAAUAAAAAUAAAAAAAAAAAAAAACACAGAGAUGAGAAACCUGAGAAAAAAAAAUGCUUGAAACUUUUACCAAAAUAAGUAAAGAACGAAAUGACAAAUGGAUGUUUAAAAAUUUGCCAAAAAAAUAUUUUUCACAAAACGAAAUUGAAAAUUGAAAUUGAAAUUGAAAACACAAAAAAUUGAAUUCAAAAUUGAAAAUAUUAUUUUUGAAUUAAUUUUUAUUUUCAAAUUUAUUUUUUUCUUAAUUAAUUUUCAUUUUUAAAAUUAUUUUUUUCAUAAUUAAUUUUCAUUUUCAAAUUUUUUUUUUUUUUUUCAAUAAAAAAUAAAUGGCAAAUAUUUUCCUUAAAUUGGUAAUUAAAAAAGAGAAAAAAAAUUUCCGAUGAAGAUAAAGGAAAUUAUUUGCUUUUACAAAUUAAAUAAAUGGAAAAUAUUUCCAUUAAAUUAAAAAAAAAAAAAGAAAGAAAUUAAAAGUGGGAAAAAAAUAUAAAUAAAAUUAUACAAUUUAUUAUAUUUCCCAUAAAGGAAAUAAAAAAUAGAAAAAUAGAAAAUAAAAGAAAAGAAAAUAAUGGUAUAAUUCAAAAAUAAAGGAAAUAAAAAAAUAAUGGAAAUAAAAACUAAACGAAAUAAAAAAAAAGUAAUGGACAUAAAAAAUAUAUGAAAAUAAAACAAUAAUAGAAAUAAAAAUAAUGGAAAUAAAAAAUAAUAAUAGAAACACAAAAUAAAAAAAAUACAAAAUUAAAGAAUAAAAAAGUUAAAAUAAAAAUAAAAAUUUUCUAAUUUAUAAAAUUUGAAAUUUAUAAAUUAUAAAAUUAUAAAUUUAUAAAUUAUAAAAUUAUAAAAUUAUAAAUUUGUGAAAUUGCAAAAUUAUAAAUUUAUAAAAUUAUAAAAAACCGAAAAUUAAAGAUAAUUUUAAUGAAAAUUUAGAAAAUAAUUUACUUUACAAAUUUUCUUUUCGAAAAAAAUAUUUUUUCGGCAAUUUUUGAAUCCAAAAUCGAAGUAUUGUAUUAUGUAAAUAGUUAAAAAAAAUAAAACAGAGACCGUAAGGUCCAUUUAGGAAGCAAGAAUAAUAUUGUAUAUACAUAAUGCUAAUUCUGCAAAAAAAAAAAAAAAAAAGAAGUAUCCCUCGAAUUCGAGGGGUGUAUGUAGUUUAAAAAAAGAGGGUUUCAACGAGGAAACAAAAAGAAAAGAAAGAAUCCGUUAGGUGCAUUGUUAAAAUUUCAACACAAAUCAGUGAAAGAAGAAAAAAAAGUAAAAAAAAAAAAUAUUAAAAGCAAAAUAAUCGUUAUAUAGCAGAAAUUCGAAAAUUAUGUGAGAAUCUCAGGCUGUGCAUCUAUAAUUGAAUUUCUGAUGAUAAUAGCGAUUUGUGUAUUUUUUUUUUUUUUUUUUUUUUUUUUCACUGCAUUUGUGUUGUAGACCUUUGUAUCUUCGGACUCAAAUUGUGUGAUUUCUUGGAAAUGCUGCGUUUUCAAUUCGAAACUUAUUAUUAUCUUUUUUGUUAUUAGUUUAUACAUUGUACGAUUAUCGCAAUUCAUUGUAUUAUUAAUGAAAUACUGUAACAAACAAGAUACUGUUAACUAUUCUUAAAAAAAAAAUUAAAACUUUUGUAAACUGA